AACGCUUUCUGAAUUUUUAUUGUUGGUUUUGAAAAUUUUGAUUUCAACUUUUUUUGACUUCUCGUGUACUGGUACGGUCGUAUCAUUGCCCGUGUUAUAAAAUUUAUUGUACAUUUGGAUUCCAUUACAGAAGUUACUCCAUAUAGUGCGCACAGUAGUAGCAAAUUACCGUUUGAAAAUCUGCUCCAUUCUUUGGCUGUAACCGUGUACCAUGAAACGCCAGCGAGCAAUUCCUUCGUCGCUUCCAACGGGAAUCUCUGUGACAAGCGCCCGUCCCGUUCUCCGCGCCUCCACCAAAUUCAACCAGAUCGUACCAGCGUCCCCCGCAGCCAUGUCCUACAAAGAUCUCGUUAAAGUGGUCGGCGUGGAUCCGGAGUCGAAUCCUUCAUACUGGCGCAAAGCGAUCGACCACUCAGCGGAGACAGUGGUCUUCUUCCAGGUGGAUCUGCGCGGCAUUCUGCCCCGCAUGUGCAAGAGCGUGCGCAUCUGCCAGGCCGAGGAGAACCAGCAGCUGCUUCUAGUCCCUUCAGUGUAUAUCGGGGACACGCUGCUGAGCGGCAGUUACGUGAAAACCAUCAUCGGAAAACGAUUCUUGGCCGACGAGGACGAUCUCAUGAAACUGCUGGAGCACGCGGGCAUUCUGCAGGAAAACGAAGAGUUGGCAGAAGAUAAAGAGGAGAACCGGGCUACUGCGGAGGGGGAUGAGGAUACGGGGGAGAACUACAUGUUUGUGGCGGAACCAGUGGCUAAGAAGAUGAAACAGAGAGAGAAGCGCGAUCUAACGGCGAAUGCACAGUGGGACUCGGAGUCGGACAGCGCCUUGCCCGGUGUGCCUGGCGACUGGCCCGGACGCUCAAAAACUCCGCCCAAAAAAUUGAGGCAGCAGGAAAAACGGAAGACACAGGCCAGUGCCACAACAGCGCCGCGGAUAACAAGAGCGAGAUCUGCGCAUACCACUGCGGAAAACGAUGCUACGGGCAGUGCGCCUGUUCAUGGUCGUCGUCAGCCGAUUGAUCUCAACGCCCUCUUCGUACCGGAUGCUGUGGAUGCCGAAGCAUCCUCCCGACAUGCCAAUGCGUCGCUAUCGCAGGAGGACACUCCCAUGGAGAGUGAUUAUGAUACCGGCGGCCUCCCCGUUGCUGAUGAAGAUAACGAUGAAUUCGCACUGGGCUUCGAUGCUGAACUUCCUGGUCCAUCCACAGCAGACGACACUGGCGACGGCGCUGUUGAUAGCCCGGAAGUGAACGAACCCGUAGACGGCAGCGGACAUUGUGGAAGCGGUUCAGCUUCGGGUACAUCAGUCAAACCUCGGAAGCCCGCACCACACCACACCAGUACAUCGGAGCCAAGUGAUGGUACCGCCAGAUUAAGCAGAUAUCGUUUCCCAUUCGAGAUCGACGGUGACGAGAAAGUUCUGUUGAUCCAAGGAUUUCCGGGGACUAGAAUCUUCAUCGAAAUCGGCAAGAAGGAAUUCCUGGAAUCCAGCAUCAGAAAAAGAGAUAAAACGGAGGGCUCCUAUAUGGCGGAUCUCUGCCGGUAUCUGUUUCUCGAGGAUGACACGCCCUAUCAAGGGGUUGAAGAGCUGAAAAAACUCACCGAUCAGCAAGAGAAGGGAAAAUCUGGAGUCCAGGGCAUUUUUGGUCGUGCAUUCAUCGACGUCAUAAAAGCGUGGGCGGAAUCCGUUGGGUUAUCUACAAGAAGCGAUAGUAUCACGACAGGCAUGAAUAACUGGAAGAGUCAAGAGAUAAUCGCAUUUGACCGCCGCAAUCGCAGCAAACAGCCGUAACGCCCUCAUCCUCCGUGGCUAACGAUUUCGAUACAGUGACCUUUCAAGUCUGUACAUACAUAAUUGUUGUUCUUGUUUUCUUUUUUCUUUAUUCCUGCACUACAAUUUCAUGAUUUCGCAGUCGUGUAACAAUAAAUUCUUGACUUUA